GGAAGCGAUCGAUCGUUUACUUUUGAUUAUGUUUAUCCGCCUUCUUCAGGACAACAAGAGGUAUUUGAUACAUGUGUCAUACCUUUAUUGAAUAAAUUCCUCGAAGGAUAUAAUUCGACUAUCCUCGCUUAUGGACAAACAGGCAGUGGGAAAACAUAUAGUAUGGGCAUUGGCCUAGAUACAACCAAUGAAGGCAUUGUACCAAGAUUUGUUUAUACCAUGUUUCAGCAACUUGAUUACAAGAAAACCUUAUUAAGUUCGUUUUCAUAUCAAGUCUCUGUCUCCUUUUUAGAGUUACAUCAAGAGGAUCUUGUUGAUCUCUUGGGAGACAAGGGCUUUCAUUUGACAAUCCGUGAAGAUACAAAUGGAAAUAUUUGUUGGAGUGGCGUAAAAGAAGAACCAGUUCUCUGUCCAGAAGAGCUGAUGGGCUAUCUCAAAAAGGGAUCAGUAUCAAGAACAACCGCUGCUACAGACAUGAACCAUAAUUCUUCAAGGUCUCAUGCUAUUUUCUCCAUCAAUUUAAGACAAUUGGAUCAAGGGAAAAAACUUGUUUCAAAAUUUCAUUUUGUCGACUUGGCUGGCUCCGAGAGAUUGAAACGUACAAACGCUGUAGGAGAUCGUGCCAGAGAGGGCAUCUCUAUCAACAGCGGUUUACUUGCCCUCGGUAAUGUCAUUUCGGCUCUCGGAGAUGAAUCGAGGCGUGUGUCACAUAUACCCUAUCGGGAUUCCAAGCUCACACGGCUACUACAGGACUCCUUGGGUGGAAACAGCCAAACGUUGAUGUUAGCAUGCGCUUCACCUGCUGAAAGCAACGUGACUGAAACACUCAAUACUCUCAAAUAUGCUAAUCGUGCGCGUAACAUUCGA